GUCCGCCCAGCGUGCUGCGGCUGGGGAAGCACCCUCUCCUUCGUCCCCCAGAGCUCCCUAGGGCUCCGCCUGCACCCAGGAUCGGGAGGGGGGCUGCCACCUCCCGGGAGGGUGCUCUCUUUCUCCAAGGCAGUCUUCGCCUUUAUCUUGCUGCCUUUUCUGGUGUCCUGGACCCCCCCUCACCAACCACAGCAUAGUCACCUGGGCAGUCUUUAGCCGAUCCCAGGUUCAGGCACACCAGUCCGGCAGUGUGAGUCUCCAGGUACAGGGGCCAACUAUUGUUUUCAGUGUCGACCCUCCGUGAUCUGACCCAUAUACUCAGGCUCCACAGGACCCCUAGAGCAGUGAACAGCAAUUGUCCUUUCUGUUUGCCACCACCAGGGUCCCCAUACGCUUCCCACCUGUCCUUUUUGAUGUCUUACCUUCUUGAUUUCCUUUUUUGUCCACUCAUUAAAUCUCUGAGGUCAUUCUGGCCAAGGAAUGAGAGAGUGGAUCAAGACAGUGCUAAACCAAGACUUAACAUUCCAACACAUAAAGAUUAUUUAUCCUACGGCUCCUUCCAGGCCGUAUACACCUAUGAAGGGUGGACUUUCCAAUGUGUGGUUUGACAGAUUUAAAAUCUCUAAUGACUGCCCAGAACACCUUGAGUCCAUUGAUGGAAUGCGCCAGGUGCUCACCGAAUUGAUUGAUGACGAAGUCAAAAGUGGCAUCCAGAAGAGCAGGAUACUCAUAGGGGGAUUUUCCAUGGGAGGCUGCAUGGCGAUGCAUUUAGCAUACAGAAAUCACCGGGAUGUGGCAGGAGUUUUCGCUCUUUCUAGUUUCCUGAAUAAAGACUCUGCUAUUUACAAGGAUCUCCUGCAGGCUGAUGGUGUGUUCCCGGAGCUGUUUCAGUGCCAUGGCACGGCAGAUGAGCUGGUUCUCCAUUCUUGGGGCGAGGAGACAAACUCAAAGCUGAAAUCUCUGGGAGUGAGCGCCGUCUUCCACAGUCUUCCAAAUCUUUACCAUGACCUGAACAGAACUGAGCUGGAGAGGCUAAAGUCAUGGAUUCUUACAAAGCUGCCAGGAGAGACUGAUGGGCAGAACAAAUGAAUCCUCACCACCAUAUUGUUAUUUCGGGGCAUAAGCUAGCCAGGCGGCCGGGGUGCUGGGGACGCAGCCCCACCGCUCGUAUUACAACAAUAUUGAUUAUUUUCUUACACCUGAAAUUUCCUUAUUUGAUCCUCACAAAAAUUAAGGUUUGUGAAACAUCCAGCACUCUCAUAUUAUGUGAAUGGAAUUUAUGAUAUCUGUCUGUUUUCUUUCAACAAAAUUGCCUCGAGAAUCACUCCGUUGUAAAUGUCAGCUGUAUUUUGUAGCUGCAAAGAUGUCUUUUUAUGGACGUACUGCAGUUUGCUUGUCCGUUGGCCGCAGAUUUGGGUCUCUUCCUGUGUGGGGUUGUCACAGGUAGGACUGUCGUGAGCAUCCGUCCUCACAGUGGCGAGGCUGGGCAGUGUGUUGUAGCGUGACCUGAACCUGUCUGGCUGUUUCUCUGUGUAGUUUUACCAUUUUCCGUUCCAGCCAGUAGAGUGGCCUCUGAUGCGCACUUCUUCACCAUAAUUCCAAUUUGGCCAUUCUAGUGGCUGUGUAGUAUUUGGUUUCUGCAGUGUUUGAUCUGUCAGGCAGGGUGGAUUUCCAUUUUCUUGGUGCCAGCAAUGUGAUACAGAGUCCUCCACUGGAGGAUUUUCCCACAUUUGUGAAGAAUCAGUUUGUCCUCCCCAGUUUGUUUCUAGAUUCUUUAUGAAAAGUGAUUUACUGUUAAAUUAUAAGAAUAAAAUAUGAAUAAAUUUACCUUUUAAAAUGUCAAGUUCCGUAAAGGGUAAUAUGAUCAUAUUAAAGGUAGAAUUAAUUGAGAUCAAUAUCUGGCACUGUUUUUUAGAUGAGUUAUUAUAUACACUUAAGGAUCUUUAAGUACUUUAAAACAAACAUAUAAAAUAAUAACUCUUUUCAUGGUUUUCACACCCUUGCAUUGGACUUUGUUCACAUUUUUUUCCUCAAAAGCCUCCCCGCACCUCUCCCCACGGGUCCAC